UUCCACCGCAGUUAGAGUUCCGGGUGGUUCGUGUGAGGCGGAGCUCGGCAGUUCCGUCUACUUCAGCCGCAGCGUCUCCCUGCCUGUCUCGUUGCAUUCUCCAGAGAGGGGACGGACCUCCACUUCCUCUUUCAGAAAAAUGUCUGCUCCAGCUCAGCCACCCGCUGAAGGGACCGAAGGGGCUGCCCCAGGUGGGGGUCCUCCUGGUCCUCCUCCCAAUACGACCAGUAACAGACGGUUACAACAAACCCAAGCACAAGUGGAGGAGGUGGUGGACAUCAUGCGUGUGAAUGUGGACAAGGUCCUGGAGAGGGACCAGAAGUUGUCAGAGCUGGAUGACCGAGCUGACGCCUUGCAGGCUGGAGCCUCAGUAUUCGAGAGCAGUGCUGCCAAGCUAAAAAGGAAGUAUUGGUGGAAAAACUGCAAGAUGAUGAUCAUGCUGGGAGCUAUCUGUGCCAUCAUCGUGGUAGUAAUUAUAAGAAUGAAGAUCUCCUUUGGCUACAGAAAUGGCUGUAAAAAUGGUCCCCAAGAAACUGGAAUUUCCCUAGGAAUCUCUUGCUGGGAGAAAGAAAAGGCUGAAGCUUGUGCCAACCAGAAGGACCUUGUCUCCGGUGUGGUUUACAUCCAUAGAACUAAGCACACAGGGUUUCUCUACGUUGUCCUGGCUGUCAUGGAACUCACUCUGUAGACCAGGCUGGUCUCCAAUCCAGCGAUCCACCUGCUGCUGCCACCUGAAUGCUUGGGAUUAAAGACGUGCACAACUC